AAAGUGAAACACAACACCCUCUUCUGACUUCGUUCUGGCUGCUUGGAGAAUUUGCUAGAGCCCGCCUGAGUCCGCUUCUGAACGUGCGUCUUGUCCAGGCAGUGAACGUAAACCCGAGAUGUUCCUAGGUGGUUAUAUAGAAAAAAAACCAUUUACUAGCUAACAACGGACAAACCUUAACAGUAAUAUUUUCAUAGACAUUCUGACCUGACGUGAUUGAUUAGAGACAACUGAUAGCUGUAAGUGCAACUUGGCUGUUAACACCGUCCACACAGACACAGGAACCGCAACUACAAAGACUCAACAAAAGCCUUAAUCAAGCCAAGGAUGCCUCAGAAGCGCCGUUCACAGUCGUGGACUGACCUGAAACAGGCAGGAAACGAAUGUUUUAAGACUGGCCAGUAUGGGGAAGCUGCCGCCCUCUAUAGCCAAGCCAUAAAGGAGGUGGAGAAAUCCGGGAAGAAGAAUUCCGAUGACCUGAGUAUUCUGUAUUCCAAUCGUGCUGCUAGUUACCUGAAGGAUGGUAACUGUGCCGACUGUGUGAAGGAUUGUACAGUGUCCCUGGAACUGGUUCCGUUUGGCAUUAAGCCACUGCUGAGGAGAGCAGCUGCUUACGAGGCUCUGGAGAGGUACAGGCUGGCCUACGUCGACUACAAGACUGCCCUGCUGGUUGACAACAACAUCCCUGCGGCUGUUGAUGGAACUAACAGGAUGACCAAGGUUCUGACGGAGGUGGAUGGCCCGUCAUGGAGAGAGAAGCUGCCUCCCCUCCCCACUGUCCCUCUGGCAGUUAGAGAACGAGCUCAGGCCCAGGCCUCCAGCCCUGUAGCUGCAGCGUCGCAGCAGAAUGGCACCAGAGCCACCAGCAAACCAGCCCUGAACCAGGAGGCUGUGAAGAAGGCCCUGGCUCUGAAGGAGGAGGGCAAUGCCUUUGUGAAAAAGGGAGAGCACAAGAAAGCCAUCGAGAAAUACACCCAGAGCCUGAAACACAAUCCUACCGAGAUUACCACCUACACCAACAGGGCACUGUGCUACAUCUCAGUAAAGCAGUAUAAAGAGGCGGUGAGGGACUGUGACGAGGCCAUUGGUCUGGACAGCAGCAACAUCAAGGCUCUGUACAGGAGGGCGCAAGCUUUCAAGGAGCUCAAGGAACACCAGUCGUGUGUGGAAGACCUGAGCAGCCUUCUGAGAGUGGAACCACAGAACACAGCCGCUCUCAACCUGCUCCAGGAAGUUCAAAAGAGGAAGUGAUCAUGUGACCGGCACCUGGGGGUUUGGGGCCUGUCUCAAUAUUGUGCAAAGGCUUCUUUCUCCUUCCUUCUUGUUUUUCCUGUCCUCUUAAGAAGCCGGUGUAGAGUGUUGGGGUGGGUCCCAGGGUGUGUAAGCCUGAAGUGCCCCUGUGUGUGUAUGGAGGGGAGGGGGGGGGGGUCCCCUGUGGACUGUCCUCCUUCUGUGCAGCCUGCUCCACAUAGACUGAGGCAGCAGGCCAACGCCAACCUCCUGCUUAUUUAAACACGUACCGUAUAUUCAUGUAAUUGGUUCUUCUUACACACACCAGGACUGGGGUUGGCUAACAUGAGUCAGGGGGGGGGGGGGUGGAUCCGAGAAAUACUUCCUUUUCGUGUUAUUUUAUUAUGCGUGAACCUUUUUUUCUCUGGGGCGGGAAGGGGGGUCUGAUGGGUGAAGUGUAAGAGCGGCCCCAGGCCCACCUUGUGACCCUCAACUGCAUGAGACCCCUGUCAGUGUGGACAGGACUGGGAAUCUUUAACGAAUCUCAGCUUGAACCAGAGGAUGUAGAAUUGAUGCGUCGUUUUCUAGAACAUGUGACAUGUCUAAAAUCAAUAAAAUGUCUUCUUCAUUGUUA